AUGUCCGGCGGUGGUGGGAUUGUCAGAGGCAAAAAAGGUGAGUUUCUGUUUGCCUUUGGGGCAGGUUAUGGGUCUAGGUCUAACAAUAAAGCAGAAUUGAGGGCGGUGCAUGACAAACUUCUGCUAGGCCUAAACAGAGGCUUCUCAAAUAUCGUGAUUGAAUCGGACUCAAAGCUAGUGGUUGACAGUCUCUUGGGAAGGUCGACUCUGCAUUGGCAGCGGCGCCCAUGGGCAUCCAGGAUCUCGGACCUCAUGCGCAGAGGCAGGGUGACGAUUCAGCUCAUCCAUAGAGAGGGCAACGGCCCAGUUGAUGGCCUUGCCCGUUUGGCAAGUGAUAGCUAA